GACACUUUAAUUUGUAUCUGCAGUCUUGCAGACCAUUGUCGAUCAGCAUUCCCACAAUCUUCAUGGUAUACUGUCAAUGUUCUUCUCACCAAUUCCACUGUAUAUAAACCCAUCUGCAUUGCAGAGUUACGGUGAUCCCAACUAUCAUGUUGUCAAGCUUUACCAGGACCCUGGCAUAGGCAUACAGUAUUCCACCGACAGUUGCGCCAACGCGUUGCAGCGCUCGAAUUUCACACCACGGGUCCCCCACAAGGUCUCAAACAAACGGAUAAGAGGCCUAUCUAUGUACCUAUAGACAGUUAUUAUGUUUGCA